GCAUUUCAUUCGCUACUAAAACAGUGGCUGUGCUCGAUUGUUUAUUACAUUGAGAACUGUACUGUUUUCGUGAAACAUUAUAUUUUCAGUGAAGAGCAAAAAAUAAUUCAAACGCUCAUAAAUGAGCAUCAAAAACUGGAUACAGCAUAGGUUUACAGGGAUUUACCUGGAGUAACUGUCGCGUGCGAGGUGAACACAGAUAUAAUGUAUUUAUUUACUUAGUCGGAGUAUAUACAAGAUAAUAUAUCGAGAUUGACUUUUUGAUAGUGUUUAUAUAUAUAUAUACUUUUGUUGGUUUACAAGCGUAACUAAAUGGAUAAUAGAUAGAUGUUGGUACAUACCUACAGUUCAAGUGCGGAGAAUAUGGAGGAUGUCAAAAAAGUUAUACUGUGUUUUUAUGGAUGUUAAUGAGUAAUUUGGUUUUAGCUGUCAAAUAUACUCAAUUAGUUGAUUGAUGUUAAAGCAAAGUCUCGUACAUUUGCCAGUGUUUAAACUACUAUUACUGUAACUACAUGAGAAUUUGGUUUCGCUAUAACAUCAAUGUGGCAAUAAUGUAAUUGAAGCACAUGAUUUGAUUAAAUAUUAAAGUACAGUUCGACGAUAUAUUAUUGACAGAAAACAUGGACGCGUGGCAAUAUAUCACUUCUCUGGCGUUAUGGAGUAUUUUGUCUCAUAUUGUUAAAGCUGGAAUAACUUGUCAGUGUACAACGUUAGAUUGUCAGGCGGAACGUAGACGAACGUGUGAAGCGGAAUACUUCUGUUACGUAGAGAACAUGAGCUCUGUAGUGACACGUGGUUGUAUUAACGACAAGACGCCGUUGCUAUGUGAAAACCGGAAGCCAGCGAAAUUAUCAUCCGGGGAUUACCCAGAGUGGCCAUUUUUAUAUUGCUGCAAUCAGGAUGACUGUAAUAGGGACAUUGUGCCAAUAAAACCAACAGCUAAACCAGCUGCCGAACCGGAAGUGUACGACCAAUCGGAUGAUGACGAUACCAAUGAGAAUAAUCCUUACGUCAGAUAUGAAUAUGACGACAAAGAACGGGCGCCAUGUCCAAACAGUAACGAUAACUCAAAGCUCAACCCAAUAUAUAUCGCCGUGCCUAUAGCCGGUGUAUGCGUACUUUUAGCACUUAUUAUUUUUGCAAUGUAUUUAUUAAGAAGACGCACUGACUUCUACUCACAGUAUGACGCAUAUCAUUACCAUGAACAGAUGGCAAAGUUGGCCAAUAAACAAAAUGAAAACAAAGUUCAGGGCUGUGACACGAACAGAUGUACGGACAGCGAGCGGUCGUCACAGGGAAGUGAAACGAAACUGUUCCUAAAUGCGUGAAGCUAUCAUUAUCGACAAGAAACGGAAAGUGCUAUAUUUAAAAUGCUGAAAGUGCUAACAGAUGCGCUCGUGCAUCACGUGCCACGCAACGUUAAGGUUGACAUAUAUCCAUAGGUGUUGGCAUAUAAUUACACCAGCUAGACGAGCUCUACGGCGGAGGAUAUAGCACUUGCGAAAAACGGCGUUGCAUCCGUCACGUCGCUUUAUGCUGGCAAGGGUUUCUGCACUGAAUGCCGUGCUAAAUGGUGUAAUGUAUUUGUUUAUGUACACAGAAAAGCAGGGGGCAUUCUUUAGGGAUUAUUCCUUAAAUGUUUACUAAACUCUGUUGCAAAAGGAUAAACACGCGCUUAAUAUAAAUGAAUGGCUUUUCAAAGCUAAGAGAUACCCCUAAAAAAUGAGAUUAUUUAUAAUGUAUGUGUUUGGCAGUUAAAUGGACUUGUUUUGAAAACAUGAAUGAUACGGACAUAAUCAGGGUUUUCAUGAAUGCCUUUGUAUUUGAUGUUUUAUGCUCAGGGAUGUUAUAAGCUGUAUAUAGCGCUAUUAUUUUGUCUCAAAUUCAUUCGGAAUUGUUCGGUGAUUUCCGUCACCCUUUUAACCGGAAGUGACCUCAUUGUUGCAUGUCUCAUUACUCAUUGGUCAGCUCAAUGUCUUUUAAUUGUUAUUUUCAUGUGGAUCACUAUUUUAGACCUAUUAUGUCGUCAGUUAUGAAUCUAUAGUAGCUGGGUUCUGUAUAAAUGUAUGUUCCUACAAUGAAAUACGAAUAACACAUUUCAGACAUACAAAUACACGCAACGGUUUUAACACUGUUUAUGUUGUUUUGUUAAAAAGCCUAGUUUUGAAUAAGAAUCUCAAAAUAACUGAGACAUUCGCCACAUGUCCUGUUUGUAUACAGGCAGAGUCUUGCAACGUUAUUACUGAAACAUAGGUUUUAUUUUUCCUAAUUUCAAAACAUUUUCACAAAAAUAUUUUAUUUUUUUUAGAUAUUAUUUAAAGUCUUAAUCAAAUGAAUUGAACUUGACUAAAUGAAUAAACUAACUGUGUUAUGUAUAUAACAAUCAUUUGUUAAAAAUACUUCAAGUUCUGUUAGUGGUAUUAGGUUACAACACAUUAAAAAGCUGUUCUUCUUUAUUCUAUAUAAAAUUGACAUACUUACAAUGGCCGCAGCACAUAUCAGGAUCCAUUUUAAAUGUCUGUAACUUACAUUUACUUGAGGAAUUUUGUCAGUGCUGAAUAAAAAUCAAAGAAAAGUGGGAGUCAUGGGUAAGUGCAAAAUUAGCCAAAAUUAUAGUGGUGGUGUAUGAUCUAAGUUUCCAUGAAAAAUUCUGUCAUCUUGUUAUUUCAUUAUGAAAAUGCAAAACAUAGAUCUGCCAUGUGAUUUUAGCAAAAAAGAAAAUGCAAAGAAAACAAGGAAAAUAGCUCUAACUGAGGACUAUUUGUAUCCGCCAUUAUGCGACUACCAUUUUUUUUCACGCCAUUUUCCUAUUUAGUGUGUGUAUGCCAUUACACAUUUAUACUGUGCUUAGCUAUAUACGUAGUAUGUGUGUACUACUUUAAACAUAGUACUGUUUGUACACAGAAACCUGUCCGUUUUAUGUCUACACAGAUACUAAGACGUUUUUUUGUUCAUAUUUUCAAAUGUGAAUUUAGGUCUAAUAUAACUUUAACAGAAACAAACAAUAAGCAAUCGUGUAGAUUUAACCCCUCUACCCGCAAUAAAAUGUUUUCAAAAUAAUUUAGAAUAGAUACAUAAGAACUCAGGAAUGUUCGACCACUUCAUUUUUUUCUACUACUGUAUCAUAAUGCAGCGCUUGUAACGUUUUCAGUCAUACAGAUGCAGGAGAAAUUCGUGAUUACGUUCCAGACAAUACCGAUUAAGCAUAAAGCGCCAUCUGGUGGUAUAAUUGUCAAACAAGCUAUCACAGAGAGACAUCUAUUAUGACAUUUCUCCUAUCAGAUCAAAUAGACUCCAUUGUCAUUAUUGCGGCAUUUUGUUUUGAUAUGUUUGACGCCAUUUGUGAUGUUUUUUGUGUACUUCUCCAUACUGUCUACAUUAAAACGUUUGCUCUGAUUAAAGACCACUAUUAUAGUGAAAACUCGAUAAAUUGGUUUUGUUGACAAAACAGUAGCAGUCAAUUUCAUAAUAAUGAAAAAGUUAAAUUAGUGAAAGCUAUCUUAUCUUUUUGUUUAUAUACAUAUAUUUUUUUAAAAACAACUGUAAAUUGAUUUUACAGUUCUGCCAAUGGAAUUGCCCCAUUUCGUUCAAAUCUGGCCAUUCUGUUUCACAUAUAUUUGUCACAUCAACUGUAUAUAUUAACUUUGAUUGUUAAAUAUUACGAUUUUUAAUAAAUAUUACGAUUUUUAAAAUAGACUCCGCCUGGGUUAACUGUAAAACGGUUAUAAGUUGCAUACAGCAGUUGUAAGAUAUUAAUAUCUCGAAUCGCUGACGCUCGCUGAAAUUUAUAUCUUAAAACUGCUGUAUUCAACAUCUCACCUAUACUAAUGAUACAUUGCAACCACUGUUAUUGGAAUAUUGAAUAAUGGGACAAAGUCAAAUUAUCGUGUUUCAUCUAUACUAUAACACUCAUUUCCUUAUGGCGUUUUUUUUUU